AUGCCUGCAAAGAGGACGACCUUCAAGAUAUCCGCUAACAAAAUCACAGGUGGCUCCGGCCUGGCCUUUAUUCAGGAAGCCCUCGACUUGUCUUUACCACCCCGAUUAGUCCUCUAUGUACGGACGCCGUUCAAACUUCCAGAAAGUAUCACCACGCAUCCUAAGGUUAUAGUAGUCAAGGGAGAACUCUCAGACCAAGAAGCCCUGGACUUCGCUAUGAAGUCAAAUUCAGUCACUUCUGUGAUCUCAUUCCUGGGCGCUUACAUCUCACCUUCCGCCAUAAUAACCCGACCCAAACACACCCCCAUUGGCGACUCCUUCCCGGGCAUCAUGCAGGCAAUGAGAGCCAACUGUGUCCGCCGCAUUAUGGCACUAUCAACACCAUCCUACUGGAUCGAUGGCAAAGAUGUCAGUACCUGGAGAAUAUCCGCCUUUGCUGCUCUGCCGAAGAUAUUUGUACCGCAGGGCAAUGCCGAGAUGGUUAAGGUUGCUCAAGAGGUGGCCGGCGCAGAUGACCUUGAUUGGACGGUGUUCCGAGUGCCUCAUUUGUCAGACGGGCCUGGAAAUCUUCCAGUAUAUGCUGGUUAUGCUAGCCCGCAUCAUGAGGGGAGUCUCAAUUUGUCGCGGAGGAGUCUGGGUCGUUGGGCUCUGGAAGAACUAAGAGACCCGAAGUGGAUCAAAGGUGUACCGUUCUUGGGGAAUUGCUGA